ACUUGUGCUAUACUAUACUCUAACCUAAAAUUCAGAAUGGAUUAGUAAAAGAUUUGUUUAUGUAAAAAAGGAAUUUCCACCUAAAAAUAACACAAUUCACAACCAUGAAUCCUCUAGGUAAAUCAAUCAAACCUUCAUUUAAUUUUCAAAGUAUUCCUAUGGUCCUCAGAUUUUUGCGAACUGCGGGUAAGGAAUCAGUCACUAUAGAAGAAGUUCCAAAAACUAAACUUCUCAAAGUUGCGAUUAUUGGAAUGCCAAAUGCUGGUAAAAGUACAUUGAUAAACUCUUUGAUGGAUAGAAAGGUAUGUCCUGUAUCUUCUAAGGUACAUACAACGAAAAGAAAGUCAAUAGCCAUUUUCACCCAGGAUGAUACACAAGUAGUGUUUUUAGAUACACCAGGAGUUGUAUCGUUGAAGGAAUGGAAAAAGUUUGAUUUGAACAGAUCCUUUGUUAGAGAUGGAAUUAAUAGCAUGUAUCAAGCUAAUUUAAUUGGUGUAGUUCAUGAUGUAAGCAAUCCUUGGACAAGGGACAGAUUAGAUAUCAAAUUGCUCCAUAUGUUAGAAGAACUGAAGAAAAAACCAAGUUUUUUGGUAUUGAACAAGAUUGACAUGGUAAAACAAAAAAGGAAAUUGUUGGAAUUAACUCAUAAACUCACAGAAAACAGAUUAGAAGGAAAAUUAUCAGAGGAUAAUUUGGAGGCAGAAGAAGAUGAAGUUGAUGUUAUUAAGGGAUGGCCUUUUUUUAAAGAAAUAUUCAUGUUGUCAUCUUUAGAAGGUAAUGGAAUAGAUGAUUUGAAAAAAUACCUUAUCAAGCAGGCAAAACCUGCCCAAUGGUUAUACCCAGCAGACAAAUUCACAAAUGAAAAAUAUGAAGACAUCAUUGUCUCCACAGUAAGAGCGAAGUUAUUGGAUUUCCUACCACAGGAAGUUCCAUAUCUCUUACAACCUAUGAUGGAAUUCUUUGAAGUCAAUGAAAACGGCAAAAUAACAUGUGUUGUUUUGGUGAAAUGUCCGAGUAACAGAGUGGCUAAAUUAGUUGCUGGAGGUUCGGAUGGAAGACUCAACAGGAUUACGGCUGCAUGUCAAGAUGAAUUACAAAAUACUUUCAGAAAUUUUGUUAAGCUGCAAAUUGUUUUGAAAGGAAAAGAGAAGAAAGAAUAAAUUUAAGGAUAUACUUGUAAAUAAAAUAUUACCUAGGA